CCUUGAUACAGCAAGCAAACCAAUUGUUUCACAAAAUUUGAUCUAAACAUUACUCUCUAAUCAAACUUAUUUUCUUCUUUUCCCUUAGUUUCUUCUUCUUUACGUGUGAGCCCCACCACUCUGAAGAGCAGAGUCCACUGUCUUUGAUAAUUGGGGAAGCCUUGAUAGAGCAAACCAAUUGUUUCUGAUUCUCUUGUUUCCACUUGGUAUCCUACCUCUCUCUUUCCCUACCAACGAACUAUGGAAGUUGUUGCAGAGGCUGUUCUUUCUGUCUCCCUUGAAGCUUUGUUUAGCCAACUGGGCUCCCUUGAUCUCCUCAAGUUUGCACGCCAAGAGAAAAUCAACGCCGAGCUCAAAAUAUGGGAGGAAAAAUUAUUGGAGAUUCAUGAAGUGCUGAAUGACGCGGAGGAGAAGCAGAUCACGAAGAAGUUGGUGAAAACGUGGCUGGGCGAUCUGAGGGAUUUGGCUUAUGACAUGGAGGACAUCUUGGACGAGUUUGCCUACGAAGCUUUAAGAAGAAAGGUGAUGGCGGAAGCUGAUGGUGAAGGCAGCACAAGCAAGGUACGCAAGUUUAUCCCUACUUGUUGUACUACUUUCACUCCUAUUGGUUGUAUGCGUAAUGUUAAGAUGGGGUGCAAGAUAAAGGACAUUACUACCCGAUUAGAAGCUAUUUAUGCCCAAAAGGCUGGGCUUGGUUUGGACAAGGUGGCUGCUAUAACCCAGUCUACUUGGGAAAGGCCACUCACUACAUCUCGUGUAUACGAACCUUGGGUUUAUGGCAGGGAUGCUGAUAAACAGAUUAUAAUUGAUAUGCUGCUUAGGGAUGAGCCCAUUGAAACCAAUUUUUCUGUAGUUUCCAUCGUGGCCAUGGGUGGUAUGGGCAAGACCACACUAGCAAGGUUGGUGUACGAUGAUGCUGAGACAGCCAAGCAUUUUGAUCUAACGGCCUGGGUUUGUGUAUCAGAUCAGUUUGAUGCAGUGAGAACAACCAAGACAGUCCUCAACUCGGUCAGUACUUCUCAGAGCAAUACUGAUUCACUAGACUUCCAUCAAAUUCAAGAUAAAUUGGGGGAGGAAUUGAACGGGAAAAAAUUUCUUCUGGUUCUCGAUGAUAUGUGGAAUGACAACUAUGAUGAUUGGCGUUGCUUACAGUCUCCCUUUUUGUCGGGUUCACGAGGCAGCAAAAUCAUAGUCACGACACGGAAUAAGAACGUCGCAAAAAUAAUGGAAGGAGAUAAGAACUUGCACGAGCUACAAAAUUUAUCAGAUGAUGAGUGUUGGUCGGUGUUCAAGAAGCAUGCAUUUGGAAAUAGCAGCAUUGAUGAGCAUUCCAAUUUGGCAUUGAUCGGCAAGGAAAUUGUGAAAAAGUGCGGAGGCUUGCCUUUGGCAGCAACAGCACUCGGUGGUCUUCUACGCCAUGAACAGAGAGAAGAUAAGUGGAAUGUUAUUUUGACUAGCAAAAUAUGGGAUUUACCGAGUGAUAAAUGCGGUAUUCUUCCUGCAUUGAGAUUAAGUUAUAAUCACCUCCCUUCUCCUCUGAAGAGAUGUUUCAGUUAUUGUGCAAUAUUUCCGAAAGACUAUGAAUUUGAUAAGAGAGAACUGAUUCGCUUAUGGAUGGCAGAGAGUCUAAUUCAAUGCCCAGAACGUUAUGGACGACAAAUCGAAAUUGAAGAUUUAGGCGAUGACUACUUCCAGGAAUUGCUGUCUCGAUCAUUUUUUCAACCAUCAAGUAGCAAUAAAUCCCAAUUUGUAAUGCAUGAUCUCGUUAACGAUUUAGCAAAAUUUGUUGGUGGAGAAAUAUGUUUUUCUUUGGAAGAGAAUUUGGAAGGUAAUCAGCAGCAAACUAUUUCUAAAAAGGCUCGUCAUUCAUCAUUCAUUCGUGGCAGAUACGAUGUCUUCAAAAAGUUUGAAGCCUUUUAUGGGAUGGAGUAUUUGCGUACAUUUAUCGCAUUACCAAUUGAUGCAUCAUGGCGUUGUAAUUGGUUAAGCAACAAGGUACUUGAGGGAUUGAUGCCCAAGCUACAGCGCCUAAGGGUGCUUUCAUUGAGUGGUUAUUGGAUAAGUGAGAUACCAAGUUCAGUUGGUGAUUUGAAACAUCUUAGGUAUCUUAAUUUAUCCGAAACAGGAGUCAAACGAUUACCUGAUUCACUAGGUAACCUCCAUAACUUAGAGACACUAGUAUUAUCAAAUUGUUGGAGGCUUAUUAGGUUGCCUUUGAGCAUUGAGAACCUAAAUAAUCUUCGACACCUUGAUGUGACCAAUACAAAUCUAGAAGAAAUGUCUCUACGAAUUUGCAAAUUAAAAAGCUUGCAAGUAUUGUCUAAAUUUAUUGUGGGUAAAGACAAUGGUUUGAAUGUAAAGGAGUUAAGGAAUAUGCCCCAUCUUCAAGGGGGACUUUGCAUUUCAAACUUGGAAAAUGUAGCAAAUGUUCAAGAUGCAAGGGAUGCUAGUCUAAACAAGAAGCAGAAGCUUGAAGAAUUGACGAUAGAGUGGAGUGCUGGGUUGGAUGAUUCACACAAUGCAAGGAAUCAAAUAGAUGUACUUGACUCUUUACAGCCACACUUCAAUUUGAACAAACUAAAAAUUGAGUAUUAUGGUGGUCCAGAAUUUCCCCGUUGGAUAGGAGAUGUUUCAUUCUCUAAGAUGGUGGAUGUAAAUCUGGUGAAUUGCAGAAAUUGCACAUCUUUACCGUGUUUGGGGUGGUUACCCAUGCUCAAACACGUAAGGAUUGAAGGGUUAAAAGAAGUAAAAAUUGUGGGUAGAGAGUUUUAUGGAGAGACUUGUCUUCCCAAUAAGCCUUUCCCGUCCUUAGAGUCUCUAUCUUUUUCGGAUAUGUCACAAUGGGAUGAUUGGGAGAGUCCAUCUUUAUCAGAGCCAUAUCCUUGUCUCCUUUAUCUUGAAAUCGUAAAUUGUCCCAAAUUAAUCAAGAAAUUACCCACUUACCUACCUUCCCUUGUACACCUCUCCAUUUGGAGAUGCCCACUGUUGGUGUCUCCAGUUGAAAGGCUUCCAUCUCUUUCUAAAUUAAGAGUAGAAGAUUGCAAUGAGGCGGUACUAAGGAGUGGAUUGGAAUUGCCUUCACUCACCGAGUUAGGAAUUCUAAGAAUGGUAGGGCUUACCAGAUUACAUGAAUGGUGUAUGCAAUUGUUGUCGGGGCUUCAAGUUUUAGACAUUGAUGAAUGUGAUGAAUUGAUGUGUUUGUGGGAAAAUGGAUUUGCUGGUCUUCAGCAGUUGCAAACUAGCAAUUGUCUCGAGCUUGUAUCCUUGGGAAAGAAGGAAAAGCACGAGCUGCCUAGCAAGCUUCAAUCUUUGAAAAUUAGGCGGUGUAAUAACCUAGAGAAGCUUCCAAAUGGACUGCACAGGCUAACAUGUCUUGGAGAGUUGAAAAUCAGUAAUUGUCCAAAGCUGGUGUUAUUUCCAGAGUUGGGGUUCCCGCCCAUGCUCAGACGUCUUGUUAUUUAUAGUUGUAAAGGUCUACCAUGUCUACCUGAUUGGAUGAUGGUGAUGAAAGAUGGUAGUAAUAACGGUAGCGACGUGUGUCUCCUUGAGUACUUGGAGAUAGAUGGGUGUCCAUCUCUCAUUGGUUUUCCAGAAGGUGAGUUACCCGCCACGCUCAAGGAACUCAGGAUAUGGAGGUGUGAAAACCUGGAGUCUCUACCGGGGGGAAUAAUGCACCAUGAUUCCAACACCACCAGCUAUGGUCUUCAUGCCUUGUACAUUGGGAAAUGUCCAUCUCUCACAUUCUUUCCCACAGGCAAGUUUCCCUCCACCCUUAAGAAACUUCAGAUUUGGGAUUGUGCACAACUAGAGCCGAUUUCGGAGGGGAUGUUUCACUCCAAUAAUAGUUCACUUGAAUAUUUGAGUAUCUGGUCGUAUCGCUGUCUCAAAAUUGUACCAAAUUGCCUCAACAUACUCAGAGAACUGGAGAUUAGUAAUUGUGAGAAUGUGGAGCUGCUACCUUAUCAACUGCAAAACCUCACUGCUCUUACAUCACUUACUAUCUCUGAUUGUGAGAAUAUCAAGACGCCCCUAUCCCGAUGGGGCCUUGCCACACUUACCUCUCUUAAAAAACUCACUAUUGGUGGCAUAUUUCCGAGAGUUGCCUCCUUUUCAGAUGGUCAAAGACCACCGAUUCUUCCUACAACCCUCACCUCUCUUUACAUUCAAGAUUUCCAGAAUCUGAAAUCUCUGUCCUCUCUGGCUCUCCAAACCCUCACCUCACUUGAAGAGCUACGGAUCCAAUGUUGCCCUAAGCUUCAAUCGUUUUGCCCAAGGGAAGGGUUGCCCGACACGAUUUCACAACUAUAUUUCGCAGGCUGCCCACUCCUAAAACAAAGGUUCUCGAAGGGGAAAGGGCAAGAUUGGCCUAACAUCGCCUACAUUCCCUUUGUGGAAAUAGAUUAUAAAGACGUCUUUGAGCAAUAAUAAGUUGAGGGAUUGUAGAAUAUAGAAGCAAACACCAUUCAACCCUCUCCCAUCUUUACAUUAAACAAGGAAGUAGCUUUUGAAAUGGCUUGUAGCUUGGUUUUCUCAUCAAUCUUCCACAACUCUAGUUCUCAGUGACCAUUGAAGUUGAAGAGGUGAUAUGUGAUACUUACAACAAUAAAAAUGAUAAGAGAGGAUCCAUUUAUUCCAUUCAAUGGCAGGUGGAAUAUUUAGUAAUAGCCACUGAAUAGAGUUAAGGCUGACAUACAGCGGAGGCUAUACUAGAAGCAAAUGCAGUUUAUUGAAGUUCAAUCGUUGUGGUUCUCAAAGAGGAUGGAACUCCAGGUAUUAUAUCAAAGACUUCAAAGUAUGGAGUGAAUGCAGCUAGUUCCAGUUGUCCCCUGUUGCUCUUUUUUUAUUUUAUUGUUUUGAGUGUCAACAGGGGACAAAGAAUAACCUAGCAAGGCUAUAGUGAGUGACUGUCAUCUAUAUAUUUUGUUUAUUUAUUUUUCUAUUUUAAUGACUAAUUUUCUUGAAUUUUCUUCUUGUUUAUUUGAUGCUCAUUCCCAACAUACAAUUCUUCCUUUUUCUCUCCUUAAUACCACUUUCUAUUUUCCAUACAUAUAUUAUUGCAAUGUGUUGCCAUUUAACUUGGCUACCCUUGAACAAUUAUAAUAAGUGUUGCAGUGUUAUGUACAAAAUCAUUUAAUUGAUGAUGCAGGUGUCAGAAGGAUUGGUCCAAAGUAUGACAGGAGGUACACGUGGUCCUUUUAUCGUGCUGAAUGAUUGGAAUUUUCCUCCUAUAUCAAAGGCUCAUUGGCACUUUAUUACUAUUUUUAGUCAACAAAAAGAGGAUAAAGUACAAUCUAGCAAAAUUGUGGUUUAAAAGGUGCAUGUCCCAGGUGCCAGAGUAUAAGUAUUUUUCUUCUUGUUGAAGGGAAUUCGGGUUUUAUAUUUGGAGGCUCCAAGUCUAUAGUGAAUGUGGCAAAUUCCUGUUGGCACUUGUUGUUUUUGUUUCUAUUGUUGAUGUUGAGAGUGUAGAAAGAGGAUAAACAACAGCAUAGCAAGAUGAUGGUGGAUGCGCAAUGCUGAUCCAGCUUUCCCCCUUUCGGAUGUCUUUCUAACCAUUGUUAGGAUUCAUUAAAAUGACCUUUAUCAAACAUACAGAUUUUUUCAAGUCAGUUACAACUUAUACAAACCUUAUGUAACUCGAAAUGCUUUAUUUUUAAACCAAUAUAUUUCUACUAGCGAGUUACGUGUUUUUCACUACAUUUUUUUCCAACAACGAGGAAGGGAGGCAUUUUUCUUGGUGGCAUACUAUGAUUCACAGAGUAUAAACUCUUGCAGAUUGAAAGAGAGACAAUUAAAUAUCAUUCAACAGUGAUCAUUAUGCAGGAAGGCCAUAAAUUGAAUAUGAUAAGAUGGAAAAUGUGUUUCAGGACAAUUUUAUGUUUGUGCAUUAUAAGGAAUCCAGUUAAUGAGAUUUUGCCGACAAAAAACCAGAGACUUUGUGUCUUCUGUUUCACUUGUGAUGCUAUCGUUGAUUGGUGAACUGGGAAUGUCGUCAAGAACUUUGGAGCUUGACCAUCUGGCCUUUUUCAAUUCCUUAGAGAUUGGAGAAUAGAUUGCAACACGGUCUCAAAAUUUCGGAACAUCGGCAUCAACACCUUUCUGGGACUCAGAUUUCUAAAUGGAAUGAUGCAAGGCAUCGACACAUUCUCAGAAUUCUUUGAGAUUUCUAAAUGUGAUCUUAGUGUCUUAAUGAGAGGCCAACUUCAAUGUUGCUAAAAAUUGCAGUCUCUAUAUAUUGGAUGGGCAUCAUUCCAUGGGCAAGAAAUAACAGGUUUUGCCAUAUGGGGAGACGAUUUACAACUGCUGUGCCUCUUGAUUUACCCUCAAGCAUCUAGCCUCGCGUCAAGUAUUUGGAAUUAUCUAGCUGAUCACCAGACAACCUUCAACUGACCUCAGGGACUUCGUACAAAGUAGACUCAAUGCAAGUGAUUCAGAGUCACCCCUACCUAAUCCAUUUCCGUGUCUUUGGGAAAACGACGUCCACCACAUGUUAUGGCCAUUAUCUCAUGGCAGUGGGUGUUUUGAACCAGAGUCUAAUACGAAGUCAUCACUAAAUGUUAUGGCCAUUAUCCCAUUGCAGCGGAUGUUUUGAACCAGAGUUUAAAACCAAGUCAUUGACAAAGGCCACAGUGACGUCAUUGAUUUUAUUCUAAACCCAUCAAAAACAACAUGAGACUCACUUUGAUUUCCAGUUAUGCAAGAUCUAUAUGAGCUCAAUUGUUUUGAAACUUGAUUCAUGAAUACCAUGCUGACAUUCAGUUCA